AUGCUCGCCGUCUCAGAAAAACAUCUCAGCAAUCUUCUGCUCAGUUUGGACCACUCCAAAUGCCAGCGCCUACUCAAACACCUGCUAAACGCACUCGGCACAUUCUCCGCACAGCAGCAGCACAAUGCCAAAACAGAAGGGGUCCCGAAAACAAUUCACCAGCCUGCACGCACCAGCAUCGUCAGCGAAAAGUGGGGGUCCACGACUCUCUUCAUGCCCGUAUCUGACGACCAAUCCUCCGGCUUCAAAGUCGUCACGGUGCCCAGGCCCACCAAUGCUGCUACUCCUAAUACUGGCAACAAAUCGGACAGUGCAGUUACCGCCAUCCGAGGCGUGAUCAACAUCCUCUCACCAGAUGGUGGGCUAGAAGGCAUUUUGAGCGCGGCUGAGAUUACGGCAUUUCGAACCGCGCUCGCGACCAUGAUACCGUUUACUCGUUGUCCAUGGAUUCCCAAGAAAAGAAUUGUGAUUUUCGGGUCUGGGAAGCAGGCAGAGUGGCAUGCACGUCUGGCUUUGCUUACAGUCCCUGAUCCCAGGGAAAUUGAGGAGAUCACGUUCAUUAAUCGCAGUCAUAGGCGUCUUGAUUCAACUAUCAUAUCCAUUCUUUUCCCAGACCUGCGCCAACGCUAUCCACAUCUCGUGCUUGAUGCGUAUUCAAGAGAGCAGGAAGAAGCGAAAGCCGACGGCGAAAAUGCAUACAAGGCCAGACUACGCGCAGAUCUGGCUCUGAGCGAUGCCAUUUUCUGCUGUACCCCAUCUACAACGCCCUUGUUCACGUACGACGAUCUUAUUCCUCCAACCUUAAUAUCCACUAGCCAACCCUCAAGCUUAAAAGAGAGAUUCAUCUCCCUAAUCGGCUCCUAUAAACCGCACAUGCAAGAAAUCGAUUUAAAAACGCUUUUAUCUGGCCCCCACGGCGCGAUAUACGUCGAUUCAAUCGAAGCAUGUAUGGAAGAAGCUGGGGAACUGAUCAUGGCCCAAGUGGAUGCCUCUCACCUAACAGAGUUGGGCGAGCUUGUUCUUUCUGAUGACGAUGAAGCGGCGUUGCCGAACGGUUCGGGGAAUGUGAUCUUCAAGUGUGUCGGGAUGGGUAUUAUGGAUCUUGCUAUUGGGCGGAGUCUGCUGUAUAUGGCGCGUGAACAAGGUUAUGGGACCGUGCUGGAUGGAUUUUAA